CAACAGCAACCAUCAUUCAAGAGGUUAUGGAAAUCAUCAGCCUCAAAAGCGUAAUACCUCUACUUCUCUUGCUUUCUGUAAUUUGUUUUGGGUUUUGCACUGCCAUCGACACCAUGACCUCCACUCGAUUCAUCGAAGACCCUGAAACUCUAGUCUCUAAUGGAAGUGCCUUCAAACUGGGUUUCUUUAGCCUUGCCGAUUCAACCAACCGCUACGUUGGCAUCUGGUACAGCACCCCUUCUUUAUCUACUGUCAUAUGGGUGGCUAACAGGGACAAACCCCUCAAUGAUUCCUCUGGGAUUGUGACCAUAUCUGAAGAUGGUAAUCUUCUGGUUAUGAACGGCCAGAAAGAGAUUGUUUGGUCCUCAAAUGUUUCAAAUGCAGCAGCAAAUUCAAGUGCUCAGCUUUUAGAUUCUGGAAACCUUGUUCUGCGAGAUAACAGCGGAAGCAUCACAUGGGAGAGCAUCCAACAUCCUUCUGAUUCACUUUUGCCACAGAUGAAAAUCAGCACUGAUACAAAUACUGGUGAGAAGGUAGUACUAACAUCAUGGAAAUCUCCCUCUGAUCCGUCUAUUGGAAGUCUCUCUGCAGGAAUAAACCCUCUAAGCAUUCCUCAACUAUUCAUCUGGAAUGGCAGUCAUCCAUAUUGGCGAAGUGGUCCAUGGAACGGUCAGAUCUUUAUUGGAGUACCCACAAUGAAUUCAGUUUUCCUCAAUGGAUUUCAGGUGGUUGAUGAUAAAGAAGGUACUGCUUAUGUAUCUUUUACUGUGGCAAAUUCGUCUAUCUUUUUAUAUUAUGUCUUGACUCCCCAAGGAACAGUAGAGGAAACAUAUAGGGAGUACGGGAAGGAGGAGUGGGAGGUUACUUGGAGGACCAAUAAUAGCGAGUGUGAUGUUUAUGGUACAUGUGGGGCAUUUGGAAUCUGUAAUUCAGGGAAUUCACCAAUUUGCAGCUGUUUGAGAGGGUACGAGCCAAAGUAUAUAGAGGAAUGGAGUAGAGGAAAUUGGACUAGUGGAUGUGUGAGGAAGACGCCACUACAAUGUGAAAGAACAAACAGCAGCGGUCAACAGGGCAAACUAGACGGAUUUUUUAGGCUAACAACAGUGAAGGUUCCAGACUUUGCGGAUUGGUCUCUUGCUCUCGAAGAUGAAUGCAGAGAGCAGUGCUUGAAGAAUUGUUCUUGCAUGGCUUAUUCAUAUUAUAGUGGCAUCGGUUGUAUGUCAUGGAGUGGAAACUUGAUCGAUUUGCAAAAAUUCACUCAAAGGGGGGCAGAUCUUUACAUUCGCCUUGCGCAUUCAGAACUAGAUAAGAAGAGAGACAUGAAAGCAAUUAUUUCUGUUACAAUCGUAAUAGGAACAAUUGCCAUUGCCGUCUGUAUAUAUUUCUCAGGGAGGUGGAUAGGCAGACAAGCAGUGACGGAGAAAAGCAAGGAGAUUUUACCAUCUGACAGGGGGGAUGUAUAUCAAAUUUAUGAUACAAAUAUGCUUAGAGAUAACGUGAACCGAGUUAAACUUGAGUUACCACUUCUGGACCUUGAGAAGCUGGCAGCUGCAACAGACAACUUUCAUGAGGCCAAUAAGCUUGGACAGGGUGGUUUUGGUCCAGUAUACAGGGGAAAAUUGCCAGGAGGACAAGAAAUAGCUGUGAAAAGACUUUCAAGAGCAUCUGCACAGGGUCUAGAAGAAUUCAUGAAUGAGGUGAUGGUGAUUUCUAAAAUCCAACACCGGAAUCUUGUUAGACUUCUUGGUUGUUGCACUGAAGGAGAUGAAAAGAUGUUGAUCUAUGAGUACAUGCCAAACAAAAGCCUGGAUGCCUUUCUCUUUGAUCCUCUCAAGAGAGAGUCUUUGGAUUGGAGAAGACGCUUCAGCAUUAUUGAAGGGAUUGGAAGGGGCCUCCUUUACCUUCACAGGGAUUCUAGAUUAAGAAUCAUUCAUCGGGACCUAAAGGCAAGUAACAUUUUGUUGGAUGAAAACCUGAACGCUAAGAUUUCAGACUUUGGUAUGGCAAGGAUAUUUGGAGGCAAUCAGGAUCAAGCCAAUACAAUGAGGGUCGUGGGAACGUAUGGCUAUAUGUCCCCUGAGUAUGCAAUGGGAGGACGAUUUUCAGAAAAAUCUGAUGUAUUCAGCUUUGGGGUAUUGUUAUUGGAGAUUGUAAGUGGGAGAAAGAACAAUGGUCAUCAAUAUGAUGAGCAGUAUUUGAGCCUUUUGGUAUAUGCAUGGACACUCUGGUGCAAACACAACAUCAAAGAACUAAUAGAUGAAACCAUGGCAGAUGCAUGCUUCCAAGAGGAGAUAUCAAGAUGCAUACAUGUGGGACUGUUAUGUGUGCAAGAAUCAGCUAAAGAUAGGCCAUCCAUGUCAACUGUUCUGUCUAUGCUCUCUAGUGAAAUUGCACAUCUUCCUUCCCCAAAGCAACCUCCAUUCUUAGAGAAGCAGACUGUGAUAGAUACUGAGUCUUCUCAACCGAGAGAAAACAAAUGUUCUUCAAACCAAGUCACUGUUACAAUCAUUCAGGGCCGAUAGAAUAUGAU